AUGCUCCACGUUGGGUGGCAUUUCUUGUCCGUAGUGACCAAUUCUUCCUGCUCCAGCAAGGAUCAGGCGUUUGCAGCGGGAUACGCGGAGGGGCAGCUGACGUCACUCCCCAUGCAGCAGCAUUUCGUUAACGAGUUCGGCAAGUUAAAACGCUCCCCGCGCCUGCUGCAGUACCUGCAAACGAAUCGCGCUUAUAUGGAGGAUAUUGUCGCUGCCGCCGAGGCUGGUGACGUGGCAGACGAGGAUAGGACGUUCUGGUGGCAGGUGGGUCUGGUGCUGGAGCAGGUGCGAGGGCUGCACAUGGGCUUUAACGACGCUGUCACGCCUGAAGAGCGGCUGCAAGCCAUCGACUUUGACAUCUUGAAUCUGCACGGGGACAUCCAAGAUCUACAGUACGUACUCGAUAUAGCACAUGCUGCACACGCGGACCGUGCCAGCACUGAUACGGAUGGGGACAAGAGUGAAAGCAGGAGCGAUGCAGCAGAUGGGGGCGGCAGUGGGGGCGGCAGCAAGGGGAGCGAGAGUGAGAAGGAAAGGCUUAUGCUCAUCUUCCCAGAUGCGUGCUCUGCCAUCAUCAAGCUACUGCCUGGCAAUGCUGACCUGCUCACAGCUCAAGCCACGUGGACUCGCCUUGAGACCAUGCUUCGCAUCUACAAGAUCUACGAUUUCUCAUUCCAACUCAAUCCACCAAUCAACGUCAACGCUGCUGCUGCUGCUGCUGCCACGUCAGCUGCCGAUGUCAUCCCGGGUCGUGCCAUGUCGUUCGCCAGCUAUCCUGGGCGUCUGUUUUCCGGCGACGAUUUUUACAUCACCAGCGCCAGGCUGGCGAUUCUGGAGACCACCAUAGGGAAUAACAACGCGGAGCUGUACCGGCGCUACGUGCGGGCCAAUGGCACGGUCCUGGAGUGGAUUCGCAACGUGGUGGCCAACCGGGUGGCGAGCAGCGGGCGGCAAUGGGUGGACGUAUUCUCGCGGCACAACAGCGGCACGUACAACAACCAGUGGAUGGUCGUGGACUACAAGCUCUUUCACCCAGGCCUACCUCCCCCAGAUAACACCCUCUGGGUGCUUGAGCAACUGCCAGGGCACAUUGUAGCGGAGGAUAUGAGCGCUCACCUGCGAUUGGAGGGCUACUGGGCAUCAUACAACAACCCGGCCUUCCCUGCCAUUUUCAACCUCAGUGGAUUCGCUGACCUGGAGCGGCGCCAUGGCUCGUGGUUCUCCCACUCGCAGUGCCCCCGGGCCAAGCUGUUUCGCAGGGACCACAGCAAGGUGGUGGAC